AUGCCGUACCUCCAGCCCCCGCGCCCCCACCCCCACCCCCACCCGACCUCCCGCCUCUCGCGCGCGUCGCCGCCGUCGCCGUUCCCGUUCUUCCCCGCCGGGACAUCGCGCUCCGGUCGUCUCCAACCCGUCCCAGUCUCCGGCCACUCGGCCUCGAGGGUUAGUAAAGGAAAGUUUGCAGUUGCAGCCGUCACUCUAGAUGAUUAUCUUCCGAUGCGAAGUACUGAAGUGAAAAACCGGACAUCAACAGAUGGAAUCAAAAGCCUCAGACUAAUCACAGCGGUCAAAACCCCCUAUUUGCCAGAUGGAAGAUUUGAUCUUGAAGCAUACGAUUCUCUGAUAAACACGCAAAUAAAUGGCGGUGCGGAAGGUGUAAUAGUUGGAGGAACAACAGGAGAAGGUCACCUCAUGAGCUGGGAUGAGCACAUCAUGCUCAUCGGGCAUACUGUUAACUGCUUUGGAGCCAACAUUAAAGUGAUAGGCAACACGGGAAGUAACUCAACCAGAGAAGCUGUUCACGCGACAGAGCAGGGAUUUGCUGUUGGCAUGCAUGCAGCUCUUCAUGUCAAUCCUUACUACGGGAAGACCUCAACUGAAGGCCUGAUCUCUCAUUUUAAGGAAGUCCUCCCGAUGGGCCCAACAAUCAUUUACAACGUGCCAUCCAGGACAAGUCAGGACAUACCUCCACCAGUCAUUGAGGCGCUUUCAUGUUACUCAAACAUGGCAGGAGUGAAAGAAUGUGUCGGACAUGAGCGGGUUAAGUGCUACACCGACAAAGGCAUAUCAAUAUGGAGCGGCAACGAUGAUGAAUGUCAUGACUCAAGGUGGAAGUAUGGCGCUACUGGAGUCAUUUCUGUGGCGAGCAACCUUGUUCCCGGUCUCAUGCAUAGCCUCAUGUUUGAAGGGGAGAAUGCGGCGCUAAAUGAGAAGCUACUGCCUCUGAUGAAAUGGCUGUUCUGCGAGCCUAACCCGAUCGGUCUCAACACCGCCCUGGCUCAGCUCGGCGUGGUGAGACCUGUUUUCAGGUUGCCGUACACUCCCCUUCCUCUUGAGAAGAGGGUGGAGUUUGUCCGGAUUGUCGAAGCCAUUGGACGUGAGAACUUUGUGGGACAGAAGGAGUCCCGGGUUCUGGAUGACGAUGAUUUCGUGUUGAUCAGCAGGUAUUGA